AUAAAAACUCGGUCUGUUGGAGGCAGUUUUUGAGUUAUCUGUACAAAAAGCUGUUUAAUUUGCUCAAGAUGAAACAAGCCACAAAUCACGGCUAUGGCAAUCACCUAAAGUACCUCAGUCUAGCCACUCUUACGCUACAGAAUGCAAUUUUGGCACUAAGUAUGCGCCAUUCGCGAACCAGAGCCGGUGAUAUGUUCCUCAGUUCGACCGCCGUGGUGAUGGCUGAGGUGGUCAAGCUCGUCACUAGUCUGCUGCUUGUGUUUUUCGAGGAAGGCAAACGCUUUCAACAGUUUCGCGCCUCGCUUGAACAGACGAUUUUGAAACAACCGGUCGAUACGCUCAAAAUGUGCAUCCCGUCGUUGCUGUACAUUGUGCAGAAUAAUCUGCUCUAUGUUUCCGCGUCGCACCUGGAUGCCGCCACCAACCAGGUGUCCUACCAGCUGAAGAUACUGACGACGGCCGUGUUCGCGGUGCUGAUACUACGUCGACGUUUGCAACCCUCGCAGUGGGCAGCCCUUGUCUUUCUGGUAAUUGGCGUUGCCUGCGUACAGUUGGCGCAAACAGAUGGGGAAAAAACCUCUUUCCGUGAGGCGAACGGUCCGGAGCAGAACCGAUUGCUCGGAUUCACUGCUGUGCUUGGGGCCUGUUUUCUUUCCGGCUUAGCCGGCAUCUACUUUGAGAAGAUGCUAAAGGGAGCAGACAUUUCGAUCUGGAUGAGAAAUAUACAGUUGAGCCUACUAUCGCUACCGAUCGGUUUGCUGACCUGCGUCGUCAACGAUGGAUCCCAGUUAUAUACCCAUGGGUUCUUUCACGGGUACGAUGCGUUCGUGCUCUACUUGAUCCUGCUGCAGGCAGUCGGCGGGCUGAUCGUGGCCGUUGUCGUGAAGUACGCGGACAACAUACUGAAAGGCUUCGCUACUUCGCUAGCGAUCAUAAUUUCAUGUGUCGCUUCGAUAUUCUUGUUCGAGUUUCGUCUUACGCUGCAGUUCACCGUUGGUGCCGUUCUCGUAAUCGGAUCUAUCUUCUUGUACGGUUACGAUGCAUCUGGCCAAAAAUCCGGGAAGGUACCGAUGCUUUUGUUCGGCGGCCAACGAACAGCCAAGCAGCAAGCGAAUUUUGAGGCAGAAGAAAGGCUUCUGGCGGAAAAGGUGUAACAAUCCAUGCACGCCAAACUUAGAUAGUGUACAUGACUAUUUUGUUGAGUGAGAAC